CAAGUUUUGGCAGGACAGAGGGGGCUCUCUGCGGGGCAGAACUAUAUCAAAGACCCUUCAAACACAGGAAUACUCCCACCGUGCCUUAACAAACCAUCUGUUUGUCAACUUUGAAGUAUUCUCAACAUCCCCCGAUUCGACAAUGACCGCGACUGUUAUGUCCUCCUUCUUCGACUACGAAGUGACGAAUAAGAACAAUAAGAUGAUGAGCUACAACAGUCCCCUCUCCAGCCCCCAUUUACAGUCUGUCCCCACCACGGGUGCCAACACCCCCUUUACCCCCACCGGGUCCCUGCUGGACAGGAAGGUGGUGGGUACCCCUUCAGUGGGACUCUACCAGCGUCGCCACUCCGUGUCCGUUACCAGUUCCAAAUCAACGCAGAACCAAUUCAUCAACAGUCUCAAGAUGGACGCCUCGGCUUCCCUGAACGGAAGCAGCAACAACAAGGAGAAUCGCUUCCGCGACCGAUCCUACUCUGAAAACGGGGAGCGCCUAAGGCCAAGCAACAUCACGUGCCUUAGUGCCAACGGAAACAGCCAGGUCAACUCAAGCCGCUACAAGACCGAACUCUGCAGACCCUUCGAGGAGAACGGCACUUGUAAAUACGGUGACAAGUGCCAGUUUGCCCACGGGAUGCACGAGCUUCGUAGUCUAAACCGCCACCCCAAGUACAAGACCGAGCUCUGCCGCACCUUCCACAGCAUUGGUUACUGCCCCUACGGGCCGCGCUGCCACUUCAUCCACAACGCGGAGGAGCGCCGUGGACCACCUCCUCUCUCCACCUUUAACAAGAUGGAGCGUCCCCGCCUUCAUCACAGCUACAGCUUUGCCGGAUUCACAAGCUCAGGUGGCUCCCAGGACAGCCCGACCUCUGUCACACCUCCGCCCAUAUUUUCCACGGAAGACAUCAACGAGUGGCCCAGCAACCCUUUUACUUUCUCAAGUCAAGAGCUUGCCAAUCUGUUUGGGCCCAGUUUAGGAGGCACCACUGUUCCUGAUCUGCCCGGUCCUCACUCUCCUACCGCGCCCUCCUUCUUCAGGCCAAUGUCCGAGUCGCCUCCAAGCCCUCCAGAUUCCCUCUCCGACCAGGAGGGUUACCAGAGCAGCCUGGGCAGCCAGAGCGGAUCCGAGUCACCCGUGCUGGAUGCCACACGUCGCCUCCCCAUCUUUAGCAGACUCUCCAUCUCUGAUGAUUAAAACCUGCCCUCAGAGAUUUCAGAAAGCACAGGCAAGAGAGUCAUUUUCCUCCUAGCGAUCCCUUCCUGUCCUUGCUUUGUUUACAGCAGAGAAGUGGACUAAAGUACAGUGUUCUCAUAGCCACUGAGUCAAAUCACAAACCCUACUACCCUGUAGCAUCAACCUUGAGCGUAUUUCCAAGCCUCCCUAGACGUCUUUAACAUGCCUGACGUAAUGCAAAAACAACGAACUGUUCCCCUCAAGGCCCACUGGAACAUGUUAAACAAAUCCUUAUUUAGUUAACAGUGUUCGAGUUUUCUAAAUUGUUCUAAAGGACCUUCUUGUUUGAAGAAUCUACUGAAUAUUAUAGCAACAAUGUGCUUUAAAGACCUGGAAGUGCCACUUUUCUCGCAAAAGACUCUCGCCGGUAGAUCGUCGGGACUUCAAGUGCCUAUCAAACAAUUGGUUUCCUACUUUUUCAAUCACGUUGAUUUUCGGGGGUAGAACCGGGUUUAAGGAAAAAGAAUCAAACUCUUAGAUUUGUCUGGAAGAUGUUUGUAUGUCGAGUGGUGCUAAAUGUGCUGUCACCGUGGUAAUUAUCCCUAGAACAUGUGAUCCCUCCCGCUAAAAUAGUGUGUUCUGGUUGUUGGAUUAUGUAAGAGAGAGGAUGUGUGAGAGAAGGUGUCCUUCCUGUUCAUGUUACCACUAAAGAUGUGACUUCAGUGGCCACUAAUUGUUUGGUUGCAAACAGAUCGUUCUAUCAUUAAUUCAAUAUCGUAUUUCCCCUCUUAUUGUUAUAAUAUAGUUAUUAUUGCAUCAUUACAAUUAUUGUUGGUAUUUUCUGUUUGGAAUUGAGAACUUUCAAAACUGAAAGUUUUGCUUGUCAGUGCUUAUUUAACUUAUCAAAAUGUAUUUAUUGCUGAUUGUAAGCAUUUUUUAUUUUGUUUGUAUUUAUCUGGAUAAUGAAACAAUAGAAUAUAUUUUCCUUUAUGUUAAAUUAUGAUCUUCCGUAUUAAUCGUAAGAUUGUGAAGACCUUUUUCGUUAAGUUUCAACAGUUAAUAUAUUAUACUGCAAUGACAUUUUGUAACUACGUUUUUGAUUUAUUUUUAAAGUGAAACUUAAUUUAAAAAGAGAAUGCAAAGAGGAUUGUUUUGCAUUUUAUUUAUUAUUUCGCUCCCUAAUGUUGGACUGCAGUUUCAGGAUGUUUAUGCCUCUAUAAUCCUUUAUUAUUUGGCUCCGACCGUCUAGAAUGUAAACCGAGCUGUCUUGACAAUAACAGUCCUGUGCCUGUGAUUUUAGAAAUCUGAUGUUUAGACUGGGAUCCUCUCAUUAAGACUCCUUUUUGGUAUGAACAAAUUGCAGACGAUACGUGCAUUACAGUGCGAAUCUCACAACCCUCGCCGUGGUCCAAACUUCCGAUCUCAGCGUUCUGAUCUAAACGGACGGUUAAUAAGGGAAUUGUUCAAUAGUGUAUUUAUUUCGCCCGUUUUGAAACCAUGUUAUGUACACCAGCAAGCAUGUGUUGUUUUGAUUUGUUAUGACUCAAAAUUCGUAUUUAUUUACAGAUUUUGGACCACUUCUACUUGCUAAGUGCCUAACAGUACAUUCCAAGAGUCUUGAACCUUUUAGGAUUGUAAUCCAGAGUCGUUAUAUAGAUUUUAGUUGAAAUGCGAGGUUAACAGGAUUGACAUCGAGAGAGCUUCAGUUGAAUGUUUCCUAUGUUAGCAGCUACUGCUGUUCACAUCCAUAUGUUUCUUUUGUAACGACAGAUUGCAGUUUAAAUCAAUAAAAUACCUAUUUAUAAGCAAA